AACCUUAAACAACGUUUUUAAUUGCCUUAACACAAACGAACUGCAUCAUUUUGUAAUCGCAAAUUUCGUAUUUCACACGUCUCAAAAUGUCUUAUAUGCUAUCGCAUUUGGAAAACGGCUAUCAAGUCGAUCAAGCUAUUCUGUCGGAAGAAGACAGAGUCGUAGUGAUUCGCUUUGGACACGAUUGGGAUCCGAUGUGUAUGAAAAUGGAUGAAGUACUCUAUAAUAUCGCAGAGAAAGUUAAGAACUUUGCCGUUAUUUAUUUGGUGGAUAUCACAAAAGUGCCAGAUUUUAAUAAAAUGUAUGAACUGUAUGACCCAUGUACAGUAAUGUUCUUCUUCAGGAAUAAACAUAUCAUGAUAGAUUUAGGUACUGGAAACAAUAACAAAAUAAAUUGGACACUGGAGGACAAACAAGAAAUGAUCGAUAUUAUUGAAACGGUUUAUAGGGGUGCAAGAAAAGGUCGAGGUUUAGUUGUCUCUCCUAAAGAUUAUUCUACUAAAUAUCGAUAUUAAUUUAAUUGUAAAAUAUAUGAACGUUUUUGUAUUUUGAAGAUAAAUAAUAAUGCUAUAUUUAUCUCAAGGCAAUACA